GAGAAAUCGAAAAUAUAAAUCGAAACCAGUUUUAAAAAACGGUGGUUUUAGGUGUAAAAUGUAAAUAAGAAUAAUUUGGCGGGAGAUAUUUUCGUUCUUAUUCGGUGUGCUAAAAUCAAUCCACUUCUCUCUAAUUUCUAUUCCUCAAAGCUACUUCGAAAUCGCCCUCUUGUGUUGUGUUGCAGAAGCUUUAGGUCAUGGAAGAUCCUGCUCCACCCUCCGAAGCAUCCAUUCGUCGUUCCAAAAGGGGUAGACCUCCGAAGCAAAUUCCUAAGGAAGUUGACGCCGAUGUAGAGCAAGCAGAACGAGAGAGUUCGCACGAUGAUUUUGAAGAAGCGCGUCCAAAAUCUAAGCGAAAUCGUACUCACGAAGGAACCGCGAGCGCCACGCUUAAUCCCACUGAUCAGAAUUUUAUUGAGGCGAUCAAAGGUAACGGAAAACUUAUUCCUAAUGUGGUCAAACUUUGGGUUGAAAGCUACGAAAAGGAUCCAGGACCUGCAAUGGUUGAACUCUUGACAAUGCUGUUUGAGGCAUGUGGAGCCAAGUAUCCUGACAAAAGUGAUCUUUUGGAUGAAAUUGAUGUCGAUGAUGUUGUUGUUGGUCUUGUCAACUGUGCUAAAAGGGGUGAAGUUGAAGAUUAUACAAAUUCCAAAAAGAAGGAGUUAAAAAACUUCAAAGAGAAUCUAGAAUCAUUAUGGGAUAAUUUGGUCCGUGAAUGUCAGCAUGGACCAUUGUUUGACCAGGUUUUAUUUGACAAGUGCAUGGACUAUAUCAUUGCACUAUCAUGCACCCCUCCACGAGUUUAUCGUCAAGUCGCUUCAUUGAUGGGUCUUUCGUUGGUCACAUCAUAUAUAACUAUUGCUAAUAUGCUUGGUGCACAAAGAGAGACUACUCGUAGACAAUUGGAUGCUGAAAAGAAGAAAAAAACCGAAGGGCCUCGGACGGAGUCACUAAAUAAAAGAUUUUCAGAUACACAUGAGAAGAUAACAUUAUUGGAGGAGAUGAUGCGCAAGAUAUUUACUGGGUUAUUUGUGCAUCGCUACAGAGACAUUGAUCCCAAUAUUAGAAUGUCAUGCAUUGAGUCACUCGGGGCAUGGAUCUUGUCAUACCCGUCACUUUUUUUGCAGGAUUUAUACUUGAAAUAUCUUGGGUGGACGCUGAAUGACAAAAAUGCCGGUGUAAGAAAGGCUUCAAUAAGAGCACUGCAAAAUCUUUAUGAGAUGGAUGAUAACGUACCGACCCUUGGUUUGUUUACCGAGAGAUUUUCUGGCCGGAUGAUUGAGCUUGCUGAUGACGUUGAUGUUGCUGUGGCCGUUCAGGCCAUAGGCCUUGUUAAACAACUAUUAAGACAUCAACUUAUUUCUGAAGAGGACUUGGGUCCUUUGUAUGAUUUGCUGAUUGAUGAUCCUCCAGAAAUCAGACAUGCCAUUGGAGCAUUAGUGUACGAUCACUUGAUUGCUCAAAAUUUUAAUAGCACCCAAUCAGGAUCAAGAGGUGAAAAUGACAAUUCUUCUGAGGUCCAUCUUAAUAGAAUGUUGCGAAUUCUCGAGGAGUUCCCAUCCGAUCCUAUUUUGAGUAUUUAUGUGAUUGAUGAUGUGUGGGAUUAUAUGAAAGCUAUGAAGGAUUGGAAGUGCAUUGUAUCCAUGCUCCUCGAUGAAAAUCCAUCAAUCUCUGACAAUGGUGCAACAAACUUGGUGCGACUCCUGUGUGCAUCAGUGAAAAAGGCCGUUGGAGAAAGGAUUGUUCCUGCUACUGAUAACAGAAAGCAAUACUACAGCAAAGCCCAAAAAGAAAUAUUUGAAAAUAAUAAACAGGAUAUAACUGUUGCCAUGAUGAAGACUUACCCAUUACUCUUGCGGAAGUUUAUUUCAGAUAAAGCGAAAGUGUCAUUGUUGGUGGAGAUUGUUUUGUAUAUGAACCUUGAGUUUUAUUCCUUGAAGAGGCAGGAACAGAAUUUCAAAAAUGUCCUCCAGCUCAUGAAAGAGGCAUUUUUUAAGCAUGGUGACAAGGACCCUCUAAGAGCUUGUAUGAAGGCAAUUAACUUUUGUUGCACAGAAAGUCAAGGGGAAUUGCAAGACUUUGCUCGAAAUAAGUUAAAGGAACUUGAGGAUGAAGUUAUUGCUAAGUUGAAAUUUGCAAUUAAAGUAGUGGAUGGGGGUGAUGAAUAUGCUCUUCUUGUAAAUUUGAAGAGGCUGCAUGAACUCCAUUUGUCUAGAUAUGUGCCUAUUGAUAGCCUUUAUGAAGACAUUGUUAUGGUGCUACGUGAUUUUAGAAAUAUGGAGGAUGAGGUUGUUGGUUUCCUGCUUCAGAACAUGUAUUUUCAUCUGGCUUGGAGUUUGCAGUCCAUAGUAGAUGGAGAAAGUGUUUCUGCUGCAUCCUUGACUUCUCUCCUCUCUAAGCGUGAUAAUUUUUUACAAGAACUUGAAUACUUUGUAAACUUGGCUACUGAUAGCAAUGAAGGAGGCAAAAGUGGAAGUGAACUUGCUUGCAGAGUAUGCACUUUGCUUGCAUCAACAUGGUGUUUAUUUAGGAAAACAACCUUUAGUAAGUCAAAUCUGGAAAGGUUGGGAUAUCAGCCUAAUGCAUACGUGGUUCAGAAGUUCUGGGAACUUUGUCAACAACAGCUUAAUGUUUCAGAUGAAGCAGAAGAGGACGAUGUAAACAAAGAAUUUUCGGAGGAGAUUAAUAGAUCUGCAGUUUUAAUUACUGCUUGCAAGCUGAUUUGUACUGAUGUUGUCCCAAAGGAUUAUCUUGCUCCUGAGAUUAUUUCUCAUUUUGUAAUGCACGGGACAAGUCUGGCUGAGACUGUAAAGCAUCUGAUCACAGUUCUGAAAAAAACAGAAGAUGAUUUGGCAGCCAUUUUUCUUGAAGCACUUAAAAAGGCAUACCAUCGGCAUGCUGUCGAUAAGUCUGGAAAUGACAACAUUUCAUCAGAAAACUCUUUCUCGGAGUGUAAUAAACUGGCUGCUCAACUUUCUGGAACUUUUAUUGGGGCUGCCCGGAACAAGCACAGGCCAGACAUUUUAAAACUUGUCAAGGAUGGUAUUGAAUAUGCUUUUGUAGAUGCUCCAAAACAUUUGUCUUUUCUGGAUGCAGCAGUGCUCCAUUUUGUGUCAAAGCUCCCUGCAUCUGAUGUGUUGGAAAUUAAGAAGGAUGUCGAAAAGCGAACAGAAAAUGUAAAUAAAGACGAAAACCCCAGUGGCUGGCGCCCCUAUUGUACAUUUGUUGAUAGCUUACGGGAAAAAUGUGCAAAGAAUGAAGUUUUUCAAGAUGAAAAAGAAGGGGUUCCUACUAGACGUCGGGGUCGGCCACGUAAAAUGCAAAACAUACCCGGAAAGAAGCUUUUUGAUGAGCAUAGCUCAAGUGAAGAUGAGGAUUCCAUUAGUGAAUCUGAACAAGAUGCACAAGAUGAAGACACUCCUUUGAUACAUUCUAUCAGACGCACAUCAAAGUUAAGGUCGCUGGGACUUGAAAGCAAAUUUCAGACAAAGACAGGGAAUUCUGUAAGAGCUACAGAUAAUGUAUCUGCUUCUAGAACAUCAGGAGCUUCAAACUAGCGUUACAACGUUGGAGGAAAAAAUGUAUUUUUGCAAUUGGUUUGGCACAUAUUAGUUUACUGCAGUUGUUAAAAUUAGGACUACUAGUAGUUGUAAUUCAACUUGCCAAUUGUACAUGAUCGUAGAAUCUAUCCUACUAAAGAUUGAUAGCCUUACCGGUGAAAUAUGUUAGUAUGUGUAAGUUGUGACAAUCUUUGCAGAAUUUCAUUAUAAAGGUCGACAUUAUCUGAUUUCAUGCAGAAAACUUGCUAA